AUGGGCCUCACGGUCUCCGCCAUCUUCUCCCGCAUCUUCGGCAAGAAGCAGAUGCGGAUCCUGAUGGUGGGGCUGGACGCCGCCGGCAAGACCACCAUCCUCUACAAGCUGAAGCUGGGCGAGAUCGUCACCACCAUCCCCACCAUCGGGUUCAACGUGGAGACGGUGGAGUACAAGAACAUUUGCUUCACCGUCUGGGACGUGGGCGGCCAGGACAAAAUCCGACCCCUCUGGAGGCACUACUUCCAAAACACGCAGGGUCUCAUCUUCGUGGUGGACAGCAAUGACCGAGAGCGGGUGCAGGAGUCUGCCGAGGAGCUGCAGAAGAUGCUGCAGGAGGACGAGCUGCGGGACGCCGUCUUGCUGGUGUUUGCCAACAAGCAGGACAUGCCCAACGCCAUGGCGGUGAGCGAGCUGACCGACAAACUGGGGCUGCAGACGCUGCGCAGCAGGACCUGGUACGUGCAGGCAACGUGUGCGACCCAGGGCACGGGGCUCUACGACGGGCUGGACUGGCUAUCGCACGAGCUCUCCAAGCGCUAGCUGGGCCGGCGGCACAGGGACCGGAUGAGCCGGGGAUGUCUCUUCCAACUGCUGUUUUGUUUGGUUUUCUAUGUUUUAUUGGGGGGGGGGUGUUUUUCCUUUCUCCCCAGCGUGGCCUCGUCUCUGUGUGUUUAUCUGGUAGGACUUGAACCUCAAGGACUCUUCGGGCAGCUCCGCUUCGCGGUGUCCUGCCUUCGCCCCGGCAGCGCUGCGUGCUGGCCGCCCUCCCCACCUGCAUGUGCCGUCUGCGAGAGCUUGCCCAGACCUGCCGGGGUGGCAUGUCCCCAAGUGUCCCCGCUCCUCGCCUGGAGCCAGCGGUGGGGGCUGAGCGGGGCUGGGAGACAGCCC